GGCUGCUCCCCGCCCGGCGGUCACCCGGCUCCAAGGCCGCAGACUAUCGAUUGCUUCUGCCUGGGCAGGCCUGCCAGGAUCGACUGCUCCUGUCUGGCUUGUCCCCGAGCGCGGGAAAUAAGCUUCCCCAACAAUCCUGCCCCGCCGCCGCCGCCUCUUUUACACCGCGACUCCCUGAGGUCCCUCGAAUCAAGCGAGUGGAAGAGAAGGUCACGUCGCCGCCAUGUCCGAGGCUUAUUUCCGAGUGGAAUCGGGCGCGCUGGCGCCCGACGAGAACUUUCUGUCCUUGGAUGACAUCCUGAUGUCCCACGAGAAGCUCCCGGUGCGCACGGAGAUCGCCAUACCUCGCCUGGGCUCCUUCUUCCCGGAACGCAGCGCAGGAGCCGACGCGGACAACGCGGUCCCCCCGGGCUCAAAGCUUGAACUCCCCUUGUGGCUGGCAAAAGGACUUUUUGACAACAAGCGUCGGAUCCUUUCAGUGGAACUUCCCAAGAUCUACCAAGAGGCUUGGCGGACUGUGUUCAGCGCGGAUGCCAAUGUGGUGGACCUCCACAAAAUGGGGCCGCAUUUCUAUGGGUUUGGCUCCCAGCUCCUGCAUUUUGACAGUCCCGAGAACACAGAUAUUUCCCAGUCUCUACUACAGACUUUCAUCAGACGUUUUCGCCGCAUCAUGGACUCUUCCCAGAAUGCUUACAAUGAAGACACUUCAGCGCUGGUAGUCCGGCUAGACGAGAUGGAGAGGGGCUUAUUUCAAACAGGGCAGAAAGGACUGAAUGACUUUCAGAGUUGGGAGAAAGGACAGGCUUCUCAGAUCACAGCUUCCAGCCUCGUUCAGAAUUACAAGAAGAGAAAAUUCAUGGUCAUGGAAGACUGAAGGCAGAAGAAUACGGAAUUGUUCCUUGUACACUCGUGUGUCCUUGAUAAGAGCUGGUUGACCUUACACAGAACCAGACUCACGUCCUAUUUCAUGGCUUAUUUCCUGUAGCAGUCUCAGGAAUGGUACCAUCUGGUUGGGAAUGGACAUGCUGCAGGAUGUCCCUGGCCCUGUAAGUUUUCUAGGACUAUCCUUUUCUGCUGACCCUUAAUCCUGGCCUUUUAACCCACGAACCCACAGCUGAAGAGAAAUCAAAGUCAUUUCUAAAUAAGGAUCAUUGACAUAUAUACUGUGAUAGCAUUGCAACUGGUACUCCUUGUAUCUGGGAGUUUAGACAGCCUCAGAUGUCCAGUUUGACUAGCUGCAAAGGACAGGUACAAAUUGAGUUAUCUUGGCCUAUUCACAAAAUGUUCCCUUGAUCUUAUUUGUCUCAUCUUCCUCAUGGUUGUAGGGAGGACAGCACCCCCAUGAUGUUGUCCUGACUUGUAAAUACGCCCUACUGCCUACCUGCAGGGAUUUAUCCCAAUUUCCAAAAACAGUCCCCAAGAAGAAAGGAGGAAAAGAGAAAGGCAGAUGAAUGGCACGGCUUUAAAGAAAAGAUGUUGCUUUCAUGCUCUACAGUCAGGCCUUUGUGAACUGGAAUUCACAUAACUACAGUCCACCUAGAAGGAAAAUGGUUAAACGGAGCCUGUUUUAUCUGUGAGAUCUUUAGAGCACCCUCACAUUGAUUCCAUUCCCUGUCUAAAAAAGCUGUCAGGGAGUUGCUGGGAAUUGCAAAAUAGUUAUUCAAGGAUGUUAACCAGCCUUUAUUACAUCCAGAAAUCAGGGCUUGAAUUGAAGGUUGCCAGCUGUGAAGAGUCCUGUUUGAGAAACUUCACAUGAUAAAUGAAAGUGGGAAGUAGCCUCAGCUGUGUGUUUUAUUCUUUUCCAGUUAUGACUUUAUUGCACAGAAGACCUGUGUCAGCAGGCACAAAACUUCCCCUAAGAUCAAGGGAGCAGCCUCGGGCUGAGUAAGAAACAGCAUUCCCUGAGCCCAUGGGACUAUUUGCAGAGCACCCCUGCUUGUUUCCCUACUCCCCACCUAGCAAAAUUUGUCUUUGGCAUUGGAAAUGAGAGGGAUUUGGGGAUCCAUUCAGUGAAGAUGUCUUGUAUAAACUCAGAAUGACAGAAACACUUUUAACGUAUCUGUUUUAAGAUGGAAUUGAUGUUUUUAUAAUUUGAUUUUAGUGCUAAAUAAAUUAUCGGCUUUGCACAUGAAUACAUGAUGUACAAGUACUAUUUCUGUAACUUUAGUAUUACAGAUGAUCAGCAAAGCUAUCGGAGAAUUUUGCCUUUGAUCACAUUUGACAAGAA